GAGCGCGGGGGGGGGGGGGGCACAUUGGUUAACAACAGCCUUUGGAAGAAGAACUUAUGGCUGAAGCAUUUUCAUAAGGUUGGGAACUGUUUCUCCGUAGAAAACCUAUAAUUUACAUAAAAACGUGGAUUGGCGAGGCAAACAACCGUUAAACACCGAACUCCCGAGACACUGAUUGUGUGGGAGCGUCGUCUUGAACGCGGCUGAAGGCUCUAAGCGUUAACCUCUCCAGGCGUUCGGCACCAAUACAUCUGCCAGCUAUAGGACGGUUACUUAGGACACAUUUUAUAAGCAGUGAGCACCUAAUAUCAAUGUAGCACAUGGAUAUGGUGUGGACUGAUAGGGGCUGUUAAAAUUAAUGGGACUUGGUCCAAAAGUGCUACCGUUCAAUUGCGCCGGCUGGAACUGGGGCAGUGAAUGUGCCCAAUCGGCUACGCAUGGAUUUGUCAAUAGAAAGACGACCAACCAACGCAUCCUUUUGUUGUGGUGGAUAAAUGGUUCCACAUUGUAGCUAAAAAUUGAAUAUUUUAUUUCAACAAUAAAAAAUACCAACAUUUAUGAGAAUUCAGGGGAGGUAUUUUAACUGGAUCCAAGUGCGUCUAACUCGGGAAUCCUGUCGACUACGGAUUUGAUUAAUCGCUUUCAAAGACAUCCCACUGCUCUCCAAAAACGGGACAAGAUGCCGUUCCACCAUGUGACGGCAGGACUGCUGUACAAGGGGAACUACCUGAGUCACUCUCUGUCUGAGGACAAUGACAGUGACCAGCUGGCCAGCAUCUCUGUGGAGGAGCUAGAUGAGAUCCGGGAGGCAUUCAGAGUGCUGGACCGGGAUGGGAACGGGUUCAUCUCCAAGCAGGAGCUGGGUAUGGCCAUGAGGUCCCUGGGAUACAUGCCCAGUGAGGUGGAGCUGGCCAUCAUCAUGCAGAGACUAGACAUGGAUGGAGACGGGCAGGUGGACUUCGAUGAGUUCAUGACGAUCCUAGGACCCAAGCUCCUGUCGUCUGAAACCAGGGAGGGCUUCCUUGGGAGCACGAUAGACGGCAUAUUCUGGCAGUUUGACAUGCAGCGUAUCACCCUUGAGGAGCUGAAACACAUCCUGUUCCACGCCUUCAGAGACCACCUGACCAUGAAGGACAUCGAGAACAUCAUCAUCAACGAGGAGGAGAGCCUCAACGAGAACUCGGGACACUGUCAGGCAGACUUUGAAGGAAUCCAUUCUAAAAAUAAGAACCGGCAGACGUGCGUGAGGAAGAGUCUGAUCUGCGCUUUCGCCAUGGCCUUCAUCAUCAGUGUCAUGCUCAUCGCAGCCAAUCAAAUGCUGCGGAACGGCCUGGAGUAGCCACGCCCGGCCACGCCCACUCUGAGCGGGAAAAACAAACCUGCAUGUGCAUGAUGACAGUGGGUGAGGUCAUUUCCAGUUUCUUUAGAAGAAGAAAAAACGACUUCAAAAAUGCUCACUGAUGGUGACUUACAAACAAAGAACACUGACUGAUAAACCACCAGAUUUUUCUGAGUGAAUGACAGUCCGACAUCCAACGACACUGAGAAGCCAGCAUGAGGAGGCCAGCGAGACCCCUCAUAACCCCUUUACUCUGGCAGGGACAUUCAAGGGCUGACUUUCGCUUACUCUGCUGUCUCUGUUCCCUAAUGCAAUAAAAAUACAAGUACAGGAGUUCAGUACUCUUCUUCUCUUCCCUUCCCUACCCAGAGUCUUCAUAUGAAGGUACUUCAGAAGGCAAUUUUAACUUCUUGCCUCAGAAGGCAGAAUUCAUGGUGGAUUGAGACAGGCCCUCAGUGUAUCUGUAUAAGGCAGCAUCCUUGUAGAUUGAGACAUAUCCUCAAUUGUAUCUGUGUGAGAGAGAUUGGAGUUAGGAGUGCCUCCUGCGCUGCAGCCUGAUGAGCCUGAAGAGCUACGGGAUGCACCGCUGCAAUCUGGCUACGCACACACGCACUUAUGCAUGCACUAACACACACACGCACACACACACACACGCACACACACACACACACAUGCACACUCACGCACACGCACGCACGCACACACACACACACACACACACACACACACACACACACACACACACACUGAAUUAAUUGGCCUGUUAUUCUAGUUUCCUGAGGGGAGGUGGAAGCCAGCUCAUCAUUGGAGCAUACAGUAAGGCUUUGGAUGUGACAGGCAUGAUGGUGUCGUCUGCUGUAGGGCUGGUGUUUAAGCUGUUCUAGAAGCUUUCAUCCGGAGUUAAGGAGUAAAAUCGGUUGGUAUUCUUGUGGCCAAUAUUUUCCCAAUAUGUAAAAUUGAAAAAUACCUCACUCUUACUUUCUCUGUGGAAGGUUCUCCAGUGCUAAACAGAACAGUGUUUGGAAGACCAUAGCUGUGAAAAGUCUGGGCUGUAAUUUACCUAUGAUCUAAUUCCUCUUGAGGUAGGUAGGUCUGAACUCCUGUAUUGUAUUGACUCUCAUGGUAAUAUUGAAACCACCUUCAGUUUUGCUGAGGACUGCUUGUAAUAGCUACAGUACUGCAUGCGAUCAAGUCCAACGUUGAUAUGUAAAUAUGUAUGUAACCCAUGAUGUUGUUGUCUAAGUGUAUUGGUUGACGGUGUUCUAUGUGCAUGAUUGUUGGUACAGUCUGCUCUAGCAGAUUUAGAGGUGGAGGGAAGGAGAGAGCACUGUGAAACCAGAUGCUAAUGCCUUCCACGUCACAAUACACAGGCAGGUAGACAGACAGACACAGCUCUCUGGUCAAAGCCAUAGAACUCAAUAGAGAUGUACUGAAUGAAGAACACUAAACGGUUGUUGUUUUCUGUUACAAAUGUGUAUUUGUGUAUUUACAAAUGUGUAGGAACAGUCCAUCAUUUGUGGGUUCCUACACCCACCCUUUUGCACUGUAUAAUAAGUCCCAUCUAUCCCCAUGAGCAGAGAGGAGAGUAGAAUCACAGACUGGUGCAAGAGCCCCAUCUAGAGGUUGGCUCCAGAAUUCUGAUAUCUUUUGUAACAAUUUAUGUGCUCUCCUAACCAGGGUGUUAGUGCAGCCUGCAAACACUUUCUUUUUUUUCACCUUUAUUUAACCAGGUAGGCCAGUUGAGAGCAAGUUCUCAUUUACAACUGCGACCUGUCCAAGAUAAAACAAACAAAGCAGUGCGACACAAACAACAACACAGGUCGCAGUUGUAAAUGGAAUAAACAAGUGUACAGUCAAUAACACAAUAGAAAAACAAGAAAGUCUAUAUACAGUGUGUGCAAAUGGCAUGAGGUAAGGCAAUAAAUAGGCCAUAGUAGCGAAGUAAUUACAAUUUAGCAAAUUAACACUGGAGUGAUAGAUGUGCAGAUGAUGAUGUGCAAGUAGAAAUACUGGUGUGCAAAAGAGCAGAAAAGUAAAUAAAAACAAUAUGGGGAUGAGGUAGGUAGAUUGGAUGGGCUAUUUACAGAUGGGCUUUGUACAGCUGUACAAUCUGUUUGCUGCUCAGAUAGCUGAUGUUUAAAGUUAGUGAGGGAAAUAUAGAGCCUAAUAUACCCUGAGCCGAGAGUUAGCAGGCCACACUAACGCCAUGGACCAGAGCUAGUGCUCCGCCAAAAUGGUGUCGCUCUGCAUACUGUAGUGCUCUCAUUUAUUACAUGAAAGUUUUGCGGAAAUGUUAGCUGAAUUAUCCAUCCCUUGUAUUCAGAUGUAUAAUCAUCAGAACGUGAAAUGUUGAAGUAUAAUAUUAUGAUUCUAUCUAUCUUCUCUGUAUUGAACGUUUUAUGAAAUGGUGAAUGUUCUACCAAAAUAAAUGUUGUUUCGAUUAA